GGUGCUCCAGUCGGGUAAAUGAUCUAAGAAUAGCUCAGACUGGAGACACGCAGUCAUGUGCAGAUUUCAUGAUAACUCGUCCUCCGGUUUCAUCACGACGCGUCAAUGUAUCGAUCGAUUUCAGAGGAGUCAACCAUUCAGGUGCUGAUGUUUGAAGAGCUGUGAGAGAAAUUCCGUGUAUCCCAUUAUGAAAGAUCAGUCAGACCACGUCCGUUUCCCAGAUCAGUGGGCGGGGCUUUCGCGCUCUCUGCGUUGGCCAUUGGCUGGGCUGCAGAAAGGUGUGUGCGGAAAGAGAGCGCUGUGCGAUUAUAAAUAGAGUACCGGUGAAAGCAUGAGAUAUGAGCUGCAGCGUCUUUCCGCGCUCGGUGCAUGAACUUCUUGAGAAGGAUGCUACCUCAGGCUCUGAAGUUGUCCGGCAGGAGCGCGCUUCCGCUGCUCAGGUGUGCGGAGCGGUGGGCUGACGUCAUCCCCGCGCCUCCGCCGCAGCAGGUGAAGACGCUCGAGCAGAUGCCCGGACCUUCAGCCGCGGGAUUCGUGUGGGAUCUGUUCUUCAGACGCGGACUGUCUCGCCUCCAUCAGCUGCAGGUGGAGGGCAGGAAGAAGUACGGACCCGUGUGGAAGGCCAGCUUCGGACCCAUCCUGACGGUUCAUGUGGCGGAGCCGGAGCUGAUCGAGCAGGUCCUGAGGCAGGAGGGACAGCAGCCCAUGCGCUCCGACCUCUCGUCCUGGAAGGAUUACCGGCAGCUCCGGGGAGAGGGAUACGGACUCCUGACAGCUGAAGGCGAGGAGUGGCAGAACGUGCGGCGUCUGCUGGGGAAGCACAUGUUACGCCCUAAAGCCGUGGAGGCGUAUGACCGCACACUGAACUCUGUCGUCACUGACCUCAUCGAGAAACUCAAGCUACGCAAGCAGCAGGACUCCAGCGGCGUCGUCACCGACAUCUCUGCUGAGUUCUACCGCUUCGGCCUGGAAGGCAUUUCCUCCGUGCUGUUCGAGUCCAGGAUCGGCUGCCUCGAUCCAGUGGUUCCUGUGGAGACGGAGCGUUUCAUCCAGUCCAUCAACAGCAUGUUUGUACUGACCCUUCUCACUAUGGCAAUGCCUCAAUGGCUCCACCGGCUCCUUCCCAAACCCUGGGACACCUUCUGCCGCUGCUGGGACUACAUGUUCCAGUUUGCAAAAGGACACAUCGAACAGCGUCUUCAGGAGGAAAAGCAGAAGCUGGCGCGAGGAGAGCAGUUAGAGGGACGCUACCUAACGUACUAUCUGUCUCAGGCCGGCAUGCCGCUGAAAUCUGUGUACAGCAAUGUGACCGAGCUGCUUCUCGCUGGCGUCGACACGAUCUCCAGCACGCUGUCGUGGUCGCUGUACGAGCUCUCUCGGCAUCCGGACAUCCAGAACGCCCUGCGGGACGAGGUUCAGAGCGUGAUGAAGGGCCGUACUGUCCCAGACGCAUCCGAUGUUGCUGCUAUGCCUCUCAUGAAGGCCGUGAUGAAGGAAAUCCUCAGGCUCUAUCCUGUAAUUCCCGCCAAUGCUAGAGUCAUCACAGACAAAGAUAUUAAAGUUGGAGGAUAUCUCAUCCCUAGAAAUACUCUGAUCACUCUCUGCCACUAUGCCACGUCCCGUGACCCUAAACACUUCCGUGAUCCGGACGCCUUCGUCCCGCAGCGCUGGUUGAGCCGCUCCGAGGGCAGCCAUCCUUACGCCUCUGUUCCUUUUGGCGUGGGCAAACGCAGCUGCAUCGGCCGACGCAUCGCUGAACUGGAGGUCUACCUGGCGCUUUCUAGGAUUUUAAUCCACUUCAAUGUGGAGCCAGCAAAAGAGGGCGACACAGUCCAUCCAAUGACCAGAACUCUUCUGGUUCCAGACAGACAGAUCAACCUUCGCUUCAUUGAGCGCUGAUAUAGAGGUCAGAGGUGACCAGGACAUGGUGUAACAGAACUGGCCCUCUCUGAUGUGGAGAUCCAGAGAGAGAGGAGGACGCUGGGACGUCCAGCGGCAUGAAGGGAAGGAGGCCUGAGCCGAACUGACAAUGUAACUCCCUUUGCAGCUUUGUGCGGAUCUGUGUGGACACCAACUCAAAGACUAUGGCAAGAAAUUGAAGUGUGACCUCUAAUGCAUUAUCCAUGCAAACAUGAAUGUAAGAAAAGCUAAAGAUGUCCAUUGUUGGAUAAAGUUGCACAGAAAGAACUGUUAGUGUCUUCAGGACUCAUGAGGAGCUACUUCAUUUUAAAACGGAAAAACACAGGAAUCUGCUUGUCAAUAUAUUCAUGGCUGUUCAUUUAUAGACGCUUUUAUGCAAAAACGAGGAGGGAAUCCAUGGAGAGGAGCAGCUUAUGGUCAUGAUGUACUGAAAAUGAAGAUUUUGUGCUAAUAUGUUGUUUUUGUCAGUUUCUUAAACGUAGCCUUAAGGACUAUUGUGUUUCAGUCUAUUGUGAUGCAAUGAAAGAUGUCGGCGUUCGACGCCACAGUAUGGUGCUUUUACAACUCCAUAAAGAUGCUUUUUUACACAUUUUUUUUGUUAACUGUGAAAUGCUGAACUGGCAUAAGAUCAAAAUGUCAAAAGAUCAGCCAUUCAUACAUAUUCUGGAAUAAUAUUACACUCUGAAUAAUUACUGAUAAAUCAUCUGCAGUACAAUUAAUAAAUAACACCAUAUUUGUUUAUUAAAUAGAUAACACUGUCUUUAACUACUAUGUACAAAAAAAACGGGUUACAUUUUUUGGUAACACUUCACAAUAAGGUCUCAUUUGUUGAGAUUAGUUUAUGUAUUAAAGGAUGCAAUGGGUAAUAUUUAGCAGGAUCUAUUGACAGAAAUGCAAUAUAAUAUACACAACUAUGUUUUCAUUGGUGUAUAAAGACCUUACAUAAUGAA